CUGUCAACCUAAGUAAUUAAGUAUUUCCAUGCGUCUUUUAAAUUUGUAUGAAGGUCUAAGAAGUACACAAGCACAAGAAUAUAUUUAACGAGCCGUAAAGAAUCUAAAUUCAUUCAUCUUGUAUAGGACAAAGGUCGCAGUGAAAAAUGAAAUUAGUUCGGACUUUAUCGCUCAUCAAACAUCCCACAUUGGAUACACUUAAAAAAUCUCUGAGACUGACCAUAGACGAGGCACCACAAUACCUAAGUAAAGUAAGGGAGGAGAAUAAAAAGCUCAUGUACGAUAAAUUAAAUCGAUUGAACAAAUGGUACGUUAAAGUGAUCGGUCUCGACGAAGUGAAGCUCUACCAAGACAGGGUGACUUCUUUACAGGACCAAUUAUUGGAAACGCAAGAAAAACGUAGGGAAGUUGGUAGGCAACUCGCCGAUAUCAGACAAAAAUCAUUGGAACUUCAAGACCAAAUACACAAAGUGAAAAGACAGGAGGAUUUGCAGAAAUUCUUAGAUCUGAUGAGGGAAGAAACGGAAAUCCUGAAGCUGGAAAAUUCAGUAUCCAGGACCUUUCAAGACUACGACCAAACGGAGCGGGAACUAUUCACGGCUUUCACGAACGCCAUAAGAGACUCGCACGAGAAGCAAAGAGCCCAGCUGGAAUACACAAAGUAUUUCGGGCUGAUCCUGAGCAUGGCGGGGUCCUUCUUGGCAUUCGUCUACACUUCCGUGAAGAAGCAAGACCUCAAACGGUUCAUGGAGGAAAAACUAAGCAGUUUGGAGCGAGCCGGGGGCGACCCAGUUGUUCUCAAUCUAAUCCAGGCCAACGAACACACUGUAAGAGAGGUUAUUAAAAACAGGCAGGCUCUCGAGGAAGUUGUGAAAGUUCUGGAAAGACAAGGAAUUAGAGAACCGUACGUGGUGCCUUUGGGUUACGUCGAUAAUGAGACUACCGUAGAUAUAAAGAAGGUGGCGAUAGGACUUUGCUUGCUGUUUUUGUUUGUAAAGAUGGUUUCGGGGUAAGGACGAUCCGAUUUUAAUCUAAAUUUAGGAACCAAAGUCUAUAGGCCAAGCAAAUAAAAUUUUUACUUGAAAAAAUUCCUAUCUGCGAGAUUAUUGUAAAA